GCUUGUUUCAUGGUUUAACGCGCUCCUUUUCUUUUCUUCUUCACUCUUUUUUUAGUAAAAAGCAAAUGUUGAGUAAUAAUACGCUAAAAGUAGAAGGAGAAUCUGAUGCUGUGUUGUUUGCAAGAAAUGAGCUCGUACAGGAUGUAAAGAUAACCAUCAUAUCGCAUCCUUAUUUGGAUAAAAUGUUGGACAAGAUACGCACACAGCAUAUACCUUGGGAGGAAUACAGGAUGGCUGGACUGAUCACAGAAGAUGAAGUAGCCAUGAUUAAACAUGUAGAAAAUCAAUCUGUAGAAGACCUGGUGCCUAUUAUGGCUGAGCAUGGAUUGUAUUAUGCUGCAUUGUAUCUGGAAUUAAUGCAAAAAUUAGCCAGAGUAGAUGCUCUUCAAAAAGUCUUGGUCUUAAUACAUGAUAUGUUGGAUGAUCACGAAGAAAGAAUUGCCUUGUUUCAUGAAGCUGGAAAGAAGGAUUCAGAUUUUCCCUUUGGUCCCUUUCACAAGGCUUUACGUAUCGGCGAUGAAUUUAUCGGAAUUCAAUCCAGUAAAGUUUUGACGCUCUUAAUUUGUUCAACCAAUGAACGGGAUAUUGAUAUCAACGAGUUCUUUCGAUGGAUGACAUUUCAGUUACAAAGCCCUCAACAACAUGUCAUUGAUUUAAAUAUCCAGAUCUUGGAUGCUUUAUUUCAUAUUCCAGCCUAUCGCCGUACCUUCUGGAACACGCCACAUGCCAUCGACUCCUUAGUCAACAUCCUAAAAAAAUCAAGUGCGCCUCAAAAGGUCUAUGAAUUGACCUUUGCUAUCUGGCUAUUAUCAUUUGAUGACGAGGUGGCCAAACACUUGGAUCGAAAAUGUCACGUCAUUACCACCUUGGUCGAUUUUGCCAAAUCCGCUGUCAAAGAAAAAGUCAUUCGUGUCAUCAUGGCUACCUUUAGAAAUUUUAUUGAAAAGGCACCUGCGGAAAAUAUGUCGGCCAUGCUAGUGGCUAAAUUGUUGCCUUUGUGUGAACAUCUUUCUACUCGAAAGUGGGCAGAUUCUGAAAUUGCAGAUGAUAUCGCAUUUACACAAAACGAAUUACAACAAAAUUUUGCUAGUCUCAGUACAUUCGAGGUCUAUGUAUCUGAGCUUGAAACGGGUAGAUUGCAAUGGAGUCCUUCUCAUUUAUCAGAAAACUUUUGGAAGCAGAAUGCGAACCGCUUGAAUGAGGAUGACCAGAGACUAUUAAGACAAUUGGCACGAUUAUUAAGUGCUUCCAUCAAUCCUGUUGUAUUGGCUGUGGCAUGUCAUGAUGUCGGACAAUACGUAAAAUAUAAUGCAAAGGACGGUAAAAAGUAUUUAGAGACCAUGGGUGCCAAGCAGCGUGUUAUGGAAUUAAUGACACACGAAGACUCGGAUGUUAGAUAUCAUGCUUUAUCUGCUACUCAAAAGUACUUUGCAAUGACAUCAUAAAAUUAAAUAAAAUUUUCAUUUCUCUCUUUCUCUCUUAA